AUGGGCAAGUGGCGCUAUGGCGUUGUCCUAGACGCUGGAUCGUCUGGGACCCGAGUACACGUGUAUCGCUGGCUACGCAAUGUAACCGCGCGCAAGGAUGCCGAUGCCGAUGAACUGAAGUCACUUCCGGAAAUCAAGACUAAGGAGGAAUGGGUCAAGAAAAUUCGCCCCGGUGUCUCCUCCUUCGCCAAUAGACCCGAAACCGUGGGAUCCGAUCAUCUAGCGGAGCUUCUGGACCAUGCGAAGAGUAUCAUCCCUGAGGAAGAUGCCAAGGAUACCCCGAUCUUCCUACUCGCGACGGCGGGCAUGCGACUCCUCGGAAACCUCGACCGACAGCUCCUCCUCGAUCAGAUUUGCUCCUAUGCGCGCGCGAAUACCGAUUUCCUGCUUCCCGACUGCGGAAUUCACAUCCAGGUGAUUCCGGGUGUGACCGAAGGACUGUACGGAUGGAUUGCGACAAACUACCUCAUGGGAACUUUUGACUCUCCCGACAAACAUGAUCACGGAAAAGGUCACAGCACUUAUGGAUUUUUGGAUAUGGGAGGCGCAUCUGCUCAGAUUGCAUUUGCGCCGAACGCUACGGAAACGGAGAAGCACGCCAAUGACCUAACUCUCAUGCGAUUGCGGAAUAUCGACGGCUCGGUACAGGAGCACCGAGUCUUUGUGACUUCCUGGUUGGAGUUUGGUGUGAACGAGGCGCGCCGACGGUAUGUGGAGGCCCUGCAGGCGGCGAUGGGGACAGACGCUCUUGAACUACCGGAUCCAUGUCUGCCCAGUGGCCUGCGUACAUCAUUGGAUGGAAAAGAUGUUUCCUCCAUGAAUGAUGCGAGUACCACUUUGCUGGGAACAGGCCGUUUCGACGAGUGCCUGCGUCAGACAUUCCCCUUACUGGACAAGGAUGCUCCCUGUAUGGACAACCCGUGUCUCUUGCAUGGUAUCCACGUUCCGGCGAUCGACUUUGAUGUGAAUCAUUUCAUUGGUAUCAGCGAGUACUGGCAUACCACUCACGAGAUUUUUGAGAUGGCAUACAAAGACAAAGCUUACGACUUCAACACUUAUCAAGAGCGAGUCAAGACGUUCUGUUCACAGGACUGGAGCUCUAUUGAGGGUGGUGUUCUGGCUCACAAGUGGGGCAAGAAGGUCGAUGCUCAAAAGGCCUACGAAGUCUGCUUCAAAGCGUCGUGGAUCAUCAAUAUGCUUCACGAUGGUAUUGGUAUUCCUCGUGUCGGUCUUGAAGAUACCUCAGGUUCCUCUCACAAUGGCACGAAAGAAGUUUUGGCUCAUGGCAAAGAGAAGGGCUAUCUUGAUGCCUUCCAAGCUGUGAACAAAAUCGACUCGACCGAAGUGAGCUGGACAUUGGGCAAGAUCGUCUUGUACGCUUCAUCGCAGGUUCCUACACCGGUGGAAGAUGCCAUGCCUGUUGGUUUCGGCAGCAAUAUCCCUGGUGUCCCACCGGACUUCCAGUAUCCUAGCGUGCAGCUGCUUCCGGAUUCCGAAGGGUUCCACAGUGAGCAUUGGCACGAUGCACUCUUUGAUGGCGACUCGCCCCGGCGCAUUCCUGGGUUGAUUUUGUUCCUGGUCAUCAUCGUGGUCGCAUGCUUCUUCCUCUGUGGGCGUAGCCGUCGCUUGUGGAUGUACCAUCACAUCAACAAGAUUCUUCGUCGCGGGCCCUCUCACCCUAAUCAUCCAAAGAAACGAAAGGGCCUGGGGAGUAUGCUACCCUUUUUGAACCGUGGCGGUCAACCGUACGAACGCGUAUUGGAGGAUGGGGCUCAAGAUUUCGAGCUGGGCGUGACAGAUUCCGACGGGUCGGAUGUGGAUGGUAGCCGUCUUUCCGAGGCCGAUGCCAACCCCCGGCCGCCCAAGCGAGCCUCCAGUUGGGGUAGCAGCAGUAACAACCCGCCGAGUCUGAAGUACACACUCGACAACAAUUCAUCAGGCACCAUUGGCUUGGGUAUCAGCGGUGAUUCGGGCAUUGCCAUGGAUCGAGCAGGUUUGGUGGUCAGGACCGAGAGCCGGGACCAUCUGGCUCCCAUCGCUCUUGGGCCCACUACGAACGGUCGACGAUCAAGAGCUGGCAGUCCCACGCGAUCUCACCAUCAAAAAUCACCAAACAUGACACCCCUCGCCGAUGAUUAA